UGGUGCAUAGUGAGUAUGCUGUACACGAUGAGGACAAGGAAACACCAGAGCCCCGUAGAUUCUGGUUGGAUGGACAAACAUAAUUGUGAGAAUGGCACUCAGCUUACUUGUGAGGCCCAGGCAACGGCAGCCAAGAAGGGAACCGAUGCCACUAAUGGCAUUGCCCAGCAUGAACCUACGGAGAAUGCCCUAAACGUCGACCUUAAGAAAGUCAACGGUAAAAAACAGAAGAGGAGACGAAGGUCUCCCAAGAACAAAGCUGUGAUGCCCAAGGUGGACAGCGCCCUGUUUGGUCUGAUGGCAGACACUGUGUGGCUUGAUAAAUAUUUGUAUGAUGAGGCUGAAUGUGACUAUCAUGCCAAGCUUGCAGCAGCGCAGGCCAAGGUGUUGGAGAAUCGCCCGAAUGUGAACGUGGCCUCAGUUAAGGAACGACGUUCUAUGGAUGUAGCAGCGAGAAAGAAGUCUACAGAGAACUGCGCCCACAGCACUACGAUGGCUUGCCAUCAUGUUGACAAUGGAGUCUGGGUUAACAAGUUUAGCUUUGAUGAUGCCGAGAGUCGGUUUAUCAUACAGUUUGCAUCUCCUCUUGCCCCUCGAGCCCUCAAUCUCAACCUGGUUUCCCAUGAGCGUGCAGCCACUAGGUCCACACAGAGGACACCUGACGAAGGCUAUUCUAGUGCAACGCCAACUCCAGCUGCCUGUGACCUGUUGACCGUUAAUGAGGUCAUUUCUGAUCCAACAGUCAAUGGAAAGCCACAAUGGGCAACCGUACAGGACCUUUUGUCUGAAGUGUGGUUGGACAAAUCCCAGUAUGACCAAGCCGAACAAUGCUUCUACGAGCAUGCUGCUAAUACACAGACAACCAUGCUGACUCAAUCGGACCUCAACUGGAGCAUGCAAUCCGGAAAAAAGGGGAAGCGGGACAGAUACAAUCGUAAGUCUGCCGGAAGGCAACAGCCGAAGAAAAAAGAGCUUGCCAGUAUUCCAGAGGAGAGUGCCAACAGCGUGUAUUACCCUGCGUACUUUCUCCACCGCGACAGCGAGAGCACGUGGCUUAAUAAGACUGCAUACGAUAUAGCUGAGGCGUGUUUCUACGCUGCUCAGGAAGUGUCGGUUACUGUUCAGUCCAGCAAAUCCACUUCAACCAAAUUGCCUCGGCCCAUAAAACCCAAACAUCAGGACAAGAACAGAAAAAUGGCAGCUUCUUGCUUGAGCACAGAGAAUAUCUGGUUUGACAAAUGCAAAUAUGACGAUGCAGAGAGACAGUAUUAUGAAGACCUCAGCAAGGCUGGAACCAACGCUCACAUCCAGCCACAGGAGGACGGAGCAAGCACAAUCCUCAGGGACAUUGCCAGAGCCAGGGAGAAUAUCCAGAAAUCGCUCGCCGGAAGCACGGCCGCUGCCCCCAACGGCAAUGGAGACAACAGUGACCUCCUGGCCCGGGUCGCCAACCUAGAACACGAGAACCAGAAUCUGCAUAAAGUGGUGAAGGAUCUGCAGCUGGUAAUCUCCAAGCUGGAAAGCCGGAUCGGUACACUGGAGAAAACUGCUACCUCAGACAGAGUGGCCCCAGCACUUCCAUCUCUUUCUCCGUUCAGGACGAUUUCACCAGGCAAAACUCUACCUGCAAGGCCCGCUCCUGUACCCAAGAAGGUGGAAGAGGAGGAGGAGGAGGAUGAUGAUGACGAUGAUGAUAUUGACUUGUUCGGCAGCGAUGAAGAGGAGGAUGAUGGAGAAGCAGCCAGGAUCAGAGACGAGAGAGUGAAGCAGUAUGCAGAGAAGAAAUCCAAGAAGCCGGGACUCAUAGCCAAGUCCUCCAUCUUGCUUGACGUGAAGCCGUGGGAUGACGAGACGGACAUGGCAAAGCUGGAGGAAUGCGUCCGCACUGUUCAGAUGGACGGUCUGCUGUGGGGCUCCUCCAAGCUGGUCCCUGUGGGCUACGGCAUCAAGAAGCUGCAGAUACAGUGCGUGGUGGAAGAUGACAAAGUGGGCACUGAUAUGCUGGAGGAGGAGAUCACAAAGUUUGAGGACUAUGUGCAGAGCGUGGACAUUGCAGCAUUCAACAAGAUCUAAUAUAACCGAACGGCCGGACUGACCAAUAAAAAGCAAUGAAACCUCC